CAGUUCCCAGUGCACUCACUCUUAGCGACAUCAGUAAGGCUACACGUGAGGAUAAAGAUCUCUGUACCUUAAGAGAGGCAGUUGAAACAGGGCACUGGGUGAACAAUAGUCAGCUAGAACCAUAUAAGUAUAUUAAAGACGAAAUCACAGUUAACUUUCAUAACAAUGUACUACUACGGGGCACACGAAUACUAGUUCCCUCAUCUCUUCGACAACAAGUCAUUAACAUUGCGCACGAGGGGCACCAGGGCCAAGCCAAAACGAAAGCGCUGCUGCGAGAAGCAGUAUGGUUUCCCGGGAUGGACAAGGCAGUGAAAGAAACAGUAGACAGCUGUUUGGCAUGCCAGGCAAACUUACACAUUAACCCACCAGAACCCAUACAGUCACCACCCAUGCCCGAUCGUCAAUGGAAGAAAGUUAAAGUUGACUUUUAUGGGCCUCUCUCAUCGGGACACUACGUGCUGGUAGUAAUUGACUGUUAUUCACGAAUUCCUGAAGUGUAAACUCUGAAGUCCAUUUCAGCUAAGAAGGUUAUUCCUAAAUUGGAUUCUAUAUUUGCGAGGCACGGUAUCCCUGUUCAGCUCACUUCUGAUAAUGGACCGCCAUUCCAGGGGCAUGAAUUUAACCAAUACAUGACUGCCAUGGGUAUAAAACAUUGCACCUCCACACCGUUAUGGCCGCAAGGAAAUGCAGAGGCUGAAGCAUUCAUGAAGCCUCUUGGCAAAUGUAUCAGGUCUGCACACUUGCAAAAGCGACCAUGGCAGCAGGAACUCUCAAAGUUCUUACUUACAUAUAGGCAAACCCCACACUCUACAACCAAAGUUCCCCCAGCACAACUUUUGUUCAACAGUUCAAUCGCAAUAUUCAAGGGAAAUUGCCAACGAUUACACCAACCCUAAUAGUCAACAGACACAGCGAAGCACAGGCAAACCAAGGACAACAGAGAGAUAAGGCAAAGCAAUAUGCAGAUAAGAGACGCCAUGCUCGACCAAGCAACAUUAAAGUUGGUGACCAGGUCUUGGUGAAGUUAUCAACUAACUUUUCUCCCCAACCAUAUACGGUGACGGCCAUCAAGGGUUCCAAGGUGGUAGCAGAAAAUAAAGACCAUCGGAUCACCCGAAAUUCUUCAUUUUUUAGGAAACUUAAUAAGGAAAAGCGGAUGGCAGAAGAAGAAGACGACGAAAUGCCGGUAGCUAGAACGAGAGGAAGUGAAGUAGAAAAUGCCGGGGAGAUACAGCAAGAGGAACAACAUGAUGGCUUGAGAAGAUCAACAAGAAACUGCAUGCCGGUUGAACAUUAUGGGUUACUGUACAUUCGUCAAUAA